GCUGUUUUCGCGUGUUUGUGGGGCCCGGCGGGGUGAGGGGUGCAGGGUCUGGACUCUUGCUGAUUAUAACAGAAAAAAAAUGGGUACCCGCCUGCCUUCGGUUAUCAGCGCGUUGGUGCGUGUUCCCGUCUAUCGAUUUUUGCCCCCCACCCCUCCCUUUUCCGCCCCGUGGCGUCUUGGGCGUCGCGCCGCGCCCUUGGGUGCCUUCGUCUUAAUUCGGCUCCUGGUGGAAGUAGGGGGAGGUAUCGUGGACGCUCUGGUCGUCUAUGUUUAUUUAUUUAUUUAUUUAUUUAUUUGUCAACGGGUCAACCGCCCAAUAUAAAAUAAGAUUCGCAUAAACAAAAUGGUAAAAAACAAAAUAAAAAUAAAACAGAAUGAAAUAGAUAGAUAGAAGCCCAAUCUUACAUGCGAAUUUGAGUGCUGUAGAUUAUAAAAAAUAGUGAGAUCAAUAUCAAUCGACGUCCUCAAGUCCUUGGUGCUCCUUAAACGCUAUAUACCGCAGGAACCUAUGCCGCACUCUUUCUAUGGCCUGUAUGUGGACGAAGGUGAAGGUGAAGGUGAUCACGCACAGGAACGAUAAUCUAGCUGUGGACGCGCGCGGGAGCAGAACAGUAGCCCAAAAUCUCAAGUGAUUUAGACACAAUGUAUGAAACAUGGUUUAAUAUCGAGUAACACUCCAAGAUCCCAUAUUAGGAGACCUGCAACAACGGUUUCGAGCAGGGGGACUGUUCCAGCUCCGGGGGGCACCCGGAGGAGCCCGCCUCGUUACCCCUUCUCCGCUUCAGAAGGAGCGCCGAACACAUCUUCGAACGUCACUUGGUGCCGAAACUGAUCCAGGAGUUGUUCUGCACGCUUCCGCCGGAUGUGCUGACCAGAGAACUGACCGAAAUUAUGACGGUGCUGACCCACGUGGCCGAAGAUUCGUUCUACAAGGCGGAGGUGUUGGAGCUUAUACCGGACGUGGCCGCGCAGGCCAUCGAGAGUUCGGCAAGGGUGAGCGCCCUGAAGGACGUGGUCGGCGAAUAUCUGAUACCGAUCGUGGUGCGGAAUUUGGGCUCGUGCGAGACCAACGUAGAUAAAGCCGCGCAAACGGCUCUCGUGCAAAUGAUCAAGCGCGGUCACAUUUCCCAGUUGCAAGUCGAGAUCCAGGUGUGUCCGGCCAUAUUAGCGCUCUCGAAAUUGGACGACGAGCAGGACGUGGAUACCGGGGCGGUCGUGCUGAUGAUCCGUCUGGCGACCCUGUUGGGGCGAGACAUAACCGAGCGGAUCUUCCUCCCGCGAUUCGUCGAGUUGUGCUGCGGCUCCAUGUUCUACAUCAGGAAGAUCCUCGCUUCACGCAUCGGUACCUUGUGCACCGUCGUCGGCAGAGAGGCCUUCGAAAAGAUGGUGCUGCCGUGUUACUUGGGCAUGUGCGUCGACGAAAUACGGGACGUGCGCAAGUCCUGCGCGGAAGUGAUGAUGUUCGUGUCGCUGAUGUGCGACGCGGCAUUGCGACGCGAGCUCCUCGCCCCCGCCUUCGUCAAACUGCUGCAGGACGAGUGCCGCUGGGUGCGCAUGUCCGCGUUCCAAAUGCUCGGCCCUUUUAUAGCGUCGUUCGCCACGCCCCCCCUCACCAGGAUCGGGACCAGCUCGUCAGGGGAGGCGGUCCUGGUCAAUCUGUGCGACGGAUGCGAGUUCACGCAAAAAGGGGGCCUCGAACAAUUUUCGUACAAUUCGAUGGCAGCGUCCCGAGACCGGAUCGCGUUUUGUAUCGACGACAACGCCGACGGCGACGAUGACGCCGAUGCCGAUGUCCGGUACCAUCGCGUCGUCGAAGGACGCGAAGCGCCCUUACGAGGUCGUCCCGACGGCGAACAAAUCGGCACGCCCCCGACCGAACCAGGCGGCGACGACCUCAGGGCGGCGGCGGCGGUUACGGAGGCGGAAACGAAACAGGUAAAUAGUCCGAGCGAAUGUUCAUGGCCUUUGGAUGAUUUUACCGAAUAUAACUAUUGGUACAUAAGUCCGGGAUUCGUGGACCUGGCGAAGGACCACCUGCAGCAGGAAGCCGUCGCAGCGCCGCAGGAAAAUUCGACGCCGACUGUUAGCCAGCCCCCGAUAGGAGGCGAUUCGUCGCGAGCCGUGUCGAACGCCCCGCCCUCAAGUGAUUCAAAUUGUGAUAGUAGUAGCGUUGUUAAUAAUGUAAAUAAGGCGCGACAAGAUAUCGUGCCCCAGGACCUGGUGGACUAUUAUGUGUCGAUGUGUCAGUCGAGGACCGCGACCGAGGUCGACUGCGACAUGUCGUACUACUGCGCGUAUUCGUUCCCGGCCGUCGCGUUGACCCUCGGUCGCGAAAACUACCCCCUGCUUCACGACACGCUCAUCCUGCUGUCUAGCAACAUGCAGUACAAGGUGCGACGUGCGGUGGCGAGCAGUCUGCACAUCGUCGCCGACGUGAUAGGCGUCGAAGGUUCGUCGGAACACCUCGUAUCGCUGUUCGAGGGGUUCUUGAUCGAUUUGGACGAGGUGCGCGUCGGAAUCCUAAAACACCUGUCGGCGUUCCUGCGACGCGUCAGCGUGGCGAAACGCGUCUACCUAUUGCCCAAAUUGGCCGAUUUCCUCGCGGUCGAGAACGCGUGCAAUUGGCGAUUCAGGGAGAUCCUCGCCGAACAGCUCACCGACGCGUUGGACCUGUUUCGCCCGCAGGACGUGGUGAAACACGCGGGGAUGUGCUCCCACGCCCUCCUCUUUGAUAACGUCGCCGCCGUCAGGCGGGCCACUUUGUCGUUGGCGACCGAGAUAGUGAAGAGAAUAGGUUCGAAGAAAGGCCUAAAGUCUUAUUACCUGGCCAUGACUGCGGAACGGUUCGCACAUUCGAAGAAAUGGAAGGCGCGUCAGACGUUCGGGUUGUUAUGCUCGCGACUCCUCGCGCAACACGCCUUACCUCCGCAGGAGUUCGCUUCCGAGGUGUUGCCUCACCUGCUGGACCUGAGCUGGGACCCGGUGGCAAACGUGAGACUCGUCGUGGCCAAGUGUUUGGUGGAGAGGAUACUGACGGAAGAGUACUUUAUGGACCCUGCCAAUGAUCACCGAAUGGCUUUGGAGACCGUGCUGCGGAGGUUACAGGGGGACAAGGACACGGAGAUCAGGAGGUGCCUAGAAAACGUCGAUUUGGAGAAACGCGCCUAGUUUCGCUAUUUUCUUUGUUUAAAAAGAGAAAUGAUUUAUUUAUGAAUUUAUUGUUGAUUUAUUUAUAAAUUGUAAUUCUCGCCCUUUCAAAUAAAUUUUUACCAAAG